AUGUCGUCUUUCAGCUGCUGCCAUUGCGAUGCGCGGCUAGCCACCAAGGCCUCCCUCCGCCGCCACGAACGCAAGCACUCGGUCGACGCGCAAUGCCUCGACUGCCCCAAGUGCACUCGCAAGUUUUAUCGCAAAGAUCAUCUGGUAUGUGCGGCCGCCUUCCAUUCCUUCGGCGUGGCCUCGUCCGCCAUCAUUGAUCACUUGCUAAUCUUGCCCAUCACAAUUGCUCAUCUCAUCAUGCAGAGCUAUCACCUGGCCACCGUGCACGCCGGCGUUGAUCAUGCCCAUGCCUGCACCCUCUGCCGUCGUCGUUAUCGAUGCAAGAGCUCCCUCCAGCGCCACAUGCGCGUCCACCACGCCCAGCACCUGGAGCUGUCCUCGGCAUCAGCCGGCCCGGCCUGCUCCCCGACCAGCUCCUCUGCCAGCUCCCCCGUUCACAGCCAGGAGCCGCUCCCCGCGACCCUCGACCCCGCUCUUGUCAGCACCCUCCUGCCCGGUCUGGCCCCAAACCAGAACAUCAUGGCCGCUCUCCUUCAGAACCAGACCUCCCUGGCCGCCCCUGCCCAGCCGCAGCCAGAACCGCAACAGCUAUUGCUGAACCACAAGCCGACCACAAACCUCUUGCCCAACCUCGCCUACCCCGCUACGGCCACCACACUUCUUGGCACCGCACCCCACCUCUCCCAGCCCACCUUGCCCCCCGUCUCUUCGCAGCCCUCCGCGUACGCUGAUCCCCUUCACGACUUUCUCAAUGAUCAAGGGCUUGAUGCCCUUCUUGCCCCUGCCAACGUCCCGGAUGUCAUCCCCUCCAACUGGAUGACCACGGGGCCUUGGAUGACCGAGGUUCCUGACAUGGAUGCCGCCGCUGCUGAGGCUUGGCUCUCUGAAUACUCAACCAACCCUUCCACCGGCGCAGUGGCCGCCACUCCUUCCUUGCCUCGGGACCUGACCUAUGGCUUGCAUCCUUGCCAAAGCCCGGCCUCCCUUCCAAGCACCCAGCUUCAGCCUCAGCCUCAGCUCCACAACUCGCAAGGCAACAUUCAAGAUCUGCUUCAGCAGCUCCUCACAGUUCUUCGUCAGCAGCAAGUUGCCAUCUGA